AUGGCUGCAGCUGUCAUGGAAUUGGGCGAUAAAAGAACCACAUUCCCCAUGACGAGGCGAAUAGGCCACCCCUACCAAAACAGAACGCCCCCUAAACGGAAGAAACCCCGAACGUCGUUCACCAGGUUACAAAUCGCCGAACUAGAGAAACGGUUUCACAAACAAAAGUAUUUGGCGUCGGCGGAAAGAGCAGCCCUAGCGAAAACGCUGGUGGCUGAUGCUCAGGUGAGACAUUGGUCCCAAAACAGAACAAAAUGGAGAAGACAAACAGCCGAGGAACGCGAAGCCGAAAGACAAGCAGCGAACAGACUGAUGCUCUCCCUUGCAAGCGGAGGCUUUGAGCAAAGGCUACACGAGCGAGGGCUCUCUGCUCAGGGCGCCCCCACGGACACAGCCCUUAGCUCGCCCUACAAAAUCUCUGCAGCCGUGGCGGGACCGUACAACGCACCGCAGCCGGCCUUGGCAGAAUCGAUGUGUUGA